AUAAAGACUACUUGGAAUCACCAGCACAGCCUCUGCGAGAAAACUAAUUAGCAGGGCAGAGGAAGCAAUUUUAGACCAAAUCCGCAAGGAAUGUGAGAGAGAAGAAGCAGGCAGAAAGCAGAUUCCGAGUGAACAUGGAAGGAGCUCUGACAGCGCGAGACAGAGUGGGAGUGCAAGAUUUUGUGCUGCUCGAUCCUUACACCAGCGAGAUUGCCUUUCUGGAUAACCUUCGUAAACGCUUCCGGGAGGACCUCAUCUAUACAUAUAUCGGCACUCUGCUGGUGUCCGUGAAUCCGUACAAGGAGCUGGAUAUAUACAGCCCCAAAAAGAAGGAGCUGUACCAAGGAGUGAAUUUCUUUGAACUCCCACCUCAUAUCUACGCAGUCGCGGACAACGCAUAUCGGGUGAUGUGCACAGAGUACAACAACCAUUUCAUCCUGAUCUCUGGAGAGAGCGGAGCAGGGAAGACUGAGGCCUCGAAGAAAAUCCUGGAGUUCUAUGCCAAGACCUGCCAGACCACAGAACAGCUGCAGGUGGUGCGAGACCGUCUCCUGCUGUCAAACCCUGUGCUGGAGGCUUUUGGAAAUGCCAAGACACUCAAGAAUGAUAAUUCCAGCCGGUUUGGGAAAUACAUGGACAUCCAGUUCAGCUAUACGGGAGCUCCAGUUGGAGGUCACAUCCUGAGUUAUCUCCUGGAGAAGUCAAGAGUGGCUCACCAGAACCAUGGAGAACGUAACUUUCACAUCUUCUACCAGCUGCUGGAGGGAGGCGAGGAUGAGUUGCUUCGCUGGCUGGGUCUGGAUCGUAACCCACUGCAGUACCACUACCUUAUCCAGGGCGAGUGUGCCAGAGUGAGCUCCAUCAACGAUAGGUGUGACUGGAAAACAGUUCGGAAAGCACUGUCUGUCAUUGAUUUUACAGAAGGUGACAUUGAUAACCUGCUGGGGAUCGUCGCCAGUGUCCUGCACAUGGGAAACAUCCAGUUCAUCGCAGACAAUCAGGGACGUGCUAACAUCACUGUUGACAAGCAGAUCAGAUGGAUCUCCAAGUUGCUGGGUAUACACGUCUUGGUCCUGCAAGAGGGUCUGACACACAAGAAGAUUGAAGCCAAAGCAGAAGAGGUUUUGAGCCCACUAACUGUGGAACAGGCCUUUUGUGCACGCGAUGCACUGGCGAAGGCUAUUUAUGGACGUACGUUUACCUGGCUUGUUAAUAAGAUCAACAAGUCACUUGCUAAUCAGGACCCUAGCAGGAAAACAGUGAUUGGUCUAUUGGAUAUCUACGGAUUUGAAGUCUUCGAUGUCAACAGUUUUGAGCAGUUCUGUAUUAAUUACUGUAACGAGAAGCUGCAGCAACUGCUGAUCGAGCUGACGUUGAAAUCGGAGCAGGAGGAAUACCAGGUGGAAGGAAUCCAGUGGGAGCCAAUCCAGUUCUUCAACAACAAGAUCAUCUGUGACCUCGUAGAACAAAAACACAAAGGAAUUAUCUCCAUUCUGGAUGAAGAAUGUCUGAGGCCUGGAGAAGCCACAGAUCUUACGUUUCUGGAUAGGUUGGAGGAGAAAGUGGGAGACCACCCUCACUUCGUAACACACAAGCUGGCCGACAAGGACACCAGGAAGACCAUGAGGAGAGGAGACUUCAGGAUGUUACACUAUGCAGGAGGGGUCACUUACAAUGUAACAGGGUUUCUGGAUAAAAAUAAUGAUCUCCUGUACAGGAAUCUCAAAGAGGCAAUGCGUGGCUCCACAAACCUCAUAGUUAAAGAAUGUUUUAACGUAAAUGAGCUGGAUAUAAAGAAAAGACCCGAGACUGUGGCAACACAGUUCAAGCACAGUCUAAUGGGCCUGAUUGACAUUUUGAUGUCAAAGGAACCUUCGUACGUCCGAUGUGUCAAACCAAAUGAUGCCAAGCAGCCAGGAAGGUUUGACAAUAUGUUGGUGAGACAUCAGGUGAAGUACCUGGGCCUCAUGGAACACCUGCGUGUGAGACGAGCAGGCUUUGCUUACCGCAGAACGUUUGAUGCUUUCUUGAAAAGGUACAAAUUAUUAUGCCCCGACACUUGGCCAAACUGGCACGGACUGGCAUCAGAGGGCGUGAAACGAGUGGUGCAAUAUAUUGGCUACAAGCAGGAGGACUACAAAAUGGGGAAAACAAAGAUAUUUAUUCGUUUUCCAAAGACAUUGUUUGCCACUGAAGAUGCAUAUCAAGCCAGCAAGAAUGCCCUGGUUGCAAAGCUUCAGGCCAGGUACAAAGGCAAACUCCAGAGGGGGGAGUUUCAGAGGCAGAAAAGGGCAGCAAUCAAGAUCGAAACGUGCUGGAGAGGAAUUCAAGCGAGGCAGGAUGCUGGAAAGAGAGCCUGGGCCGUAAGAGUAAUCAAAAAGUUUAUUAAAGGCUUCAUGCUUAGAAACCAACCGCUUUGCCCAGAAAAUAAAGACUACUUGGCCUUUGCUCAGUAUUACUACCUGAUGAACCUAAGGAAAAAGCUACCGAAGAACGUUCUGGAUAAAAAAACGUGGCUCACACCCCCAGCCUUUCUGGAGACGACCUCAGAGCUACUGAGGAAGUUGCACCUGCGAACACUAGUUCGAAAAUACUGCAGGGGGAUCUCACCCCAACGUAAGCUGCAGUUGCAACAGAAGGUUGUGGCCAGUACAUUGUUUAAAGGGAAGAAGGAUGGCUAUUUACAGAGCGUGACCAAACCCUUCAGUGACAGCAGGCUUCGUGAACAGGAUAUCAAUCCGAAGGCCCUGCAGCUGAUUCGGCACGAGAGGCUCAAGUAUGGUGUUCCUGUCAUUAAGUAUAACCGGAACGGCUUCAAGCCCCGACCACGCCAACUGCUCCUAAUGCAGACAAAAGCUUACCUAGUCGAAGAGGACAAGAUCAAGCAGAAGAUUGAAUAUGCAACUCUGAAAGGUGUGUCCGUCAGCAACCUGAGUGAUGGAAUCUUUGUUAUCCACGUGCCCUGUGAAAACAACAAGCAAAAAGGUGAUGUCAUUCUGCAGUGUGACUAUGUCUUUGAGACUGUGACCAAGCUCUGUACAAUGGCCAGCAAGCAAAACAGCUUCAAGAUCGUGCAGGGCAGCCUGAAAUUUACUAUUGAACCAGGAAAGGAGGGGAUUGUCGAUUUCACAUCAGGCCAUGAGUCACAGGUCUUCAAAGGAAAGAAUGGUCACCUGAUGGUGAUGACUCCGAGGGUAAAGACACGAUGACCUUCGUUAUCAUUCACCUCUUCUGGUUCAAGUUUGAUGGGAAAUAUAAAUAUGCUGCAAGUCCCAAAGGCAUUCAUUGUAUUACCCUGUCACCACUUCAUCACUGUGUAACCCCUCUAUUAGUACAUUGUGUGUUGGAGGCAUGGACUGUCUCCACUGUACAUGACAUAAUCCUCCACAGUGCCUACAAGCACCAAGAGCCAGAAGUGGAUUGGUUCAAUACAGGGGGACGUCCUUUGUUAAACUCCGAAGAUGCCCCAGACCUGAUUCUUUAUCAUGUCCUGUUAGAUGGGUGUGCUCACUCAGCUUCCCUGGGCCCACAUGGGAGCAGUCUAUAAGGUUCCUUGCUCCUGAUCACUGUAUGGUAACCCUGUGUGUGGAUCAGAUUAUGUAUUGGCGUUACUUAAUUGUUUGACAAGGGCCAGAAGUAACCAAUAUCAAAUCAGGGCAUGUGAACACCCAAAUGAAAGUGCCUGGAAAAUUGGGGAAGGAGCAAAGGUUAAGCAAGUUACUUGGAAUGGUAGAAAAGGAGCAAGGAUUGGAAAUGCUCAGGAGGUCAGUCAACAGCUAUGGAGAGAGACACAUUGUUAAUAUUUUCGGCCUCGGACCUUCCAGUCAGGGAUAGGAUGUUAUAUAUUGGUUGACAGAGGAAUUCCAGCCACGGAGAAGGAGGGAAGUAGGACCACAACUGAAGCUGCUUUCAACUUGUUCAAAAUAAUGGCACACAGAUUCGCCCAUCAAGCAUGCUCCCACACCUUCAUCCUCCCAGCCUAUUGUCUCUAGCUGCAGAAUAGACAAGGAAAUCCCAGCAUUUCCCUCUCAAGCCCACAGUUCCCCUCUCUGCGAUCUCCUCUAUCCUUGUAUCCCUCCACCAAGGUAAGUUCCAAGUCUUACUCCCAGGACUCAACAACAAGUACUCCAUUUUGAGUACUGUUUGGGGAGGCGAACUUCCUGGGGGAAGCACAGCGGCUGUGCCUCUGGCACCGAGCCUGUCCCUGUGGUUGAAAAGGGUCGGGAACUGGAGAUGGCAGCAGUAAAAGGGGACUCUGUAGUUAGGGGGACAGGUAGGCAAUUCUGUGGACAUGAAAAAGAAACACAAGUGGCAGUUUGCCUACCAGGUGCCAGGGUCCGCAAUGUUUCUGGACAUGUCAACAAUGUCCUGAAAAGGGAGAGGAGCAGCCAAAAGUCAUGGUACAUAUUGGUACCCACGACACAGGUAGAAAAGGGGAGGAGGUCCUGGAUAUAGAAUACAGAGAGUUAGGGAGGAAGCUGAGAAGCAAGACCUCAAGGGUAGUAAUCUCGGGAAUGCUGCCUGUGCCAUGAGACUGUGAGGAUAGGAACAGAACGAGGUGGUGGAUAAAUGCAUGGUUGAAGAAUUGAAGCAGGGGCCAGGGGUUCAGAUUUCUGGAUAAUUGGGAAUUCUUCUGGGGCAGGUGGGACCUGUACAAAAGGGAGAGGCUGCACUUGAAUCCGAGGGGGACCAAUAUCCUUGUGAGUAGGUUUGCUAGAGCUCUUGGGAGUGGUUUAAACUAAUAUGACAGGAGGAUGGGAAACAAUAUGAUAGAGCUGAGGAUGAGCCAACAGGUUUACAAGUAGAUGGUGUAAUAUGAAAGUAAGGAAGGCACAGGAUAGAUGUGUCCCACAGAAGAAGUUGUUCUCAAAUGCUAGGGGUAGGCAACCGUGGCUGACAAGGGAAGCCAAGGAAAGGGCAUAUAAGGUAGCAAAAAUGAAUGGAAAGUUGGAUAAUUGGGAAGCUUUUAAAAUCCAACAAAAGGCAAUAAGAAGGGGAGAGAUGAAAUAUGAGGCAGACUAGCCAAUAAUAUAAAGAGGACAUUAAAAGUUUCUUUAGUUAUAUAGAGAGUAAAGGGGAGGUGAGAGUUGACAUUAGACCACUGGAAAAUGAUGUUGGUGAGGUAGUAAUGAGGGACAAAGAAAUGGCAGAUGAACUUAAUAAGUACUUUGCCUCUGUCUUCAUUGUAGAAGACACUAGCAGUGUGCCAGAGGUCCAUAGGUGUCAGGGAGCAGGAGUGAGUGCCAUUGAUAUUACAAAGGAAAAAGUGCUAGGCAAACUCUAAGGUCUUAAGAUGGACAAGUCACCUGGACCAGAUGGACUACUUCCCAGAAUUCUGAAAAAGGUUGCUGAAGAGAGAGCAGAUGCAUUGGUUGUGAUUUUUCAAGAAUCAAUUGAUUCUAGCAUGGUUCCAGAGGACUGGAAAAUUGCAAUUGUCACUCCACACUUUAAGAAGCAAGGAAUGCAAAAGAAAGGAAAUUAUAAGCCAGUUAGCCUAACCUCAGUGGUUUGGAAACUGUUAGAGUCCAUUAUUGAGGAUGAGGUUUUGGGGUACUUGGAGACUAAUGAUAAAGUAAGUCAAAGUCAACAUAGUUUCUGUAAAGGGAAAUCUUGCCUGACAAAUCUGUUAGAGGUCUUCAAGGAAGUAACAAGCAGGGUGGACAAACGAGAGACAGUGGAUGUCAUUUACUUGGAUUUUCAGAAAGCAUUUCAUAAAGUGCCACACGUGAGGCUGUUUAACAAGAUAAAACCCCAUGGCAUAAGACCAUAAGACAUUACAGGCAUUACAGGGAAGAUACUGGCAUAGAUAGAGGAAUGGCUGACAGGCAGGAGGCAGUGCGUGGGAAUAAAGGAGAUCUUUUCUGGUUGGCUGCCAGUGACUAGUGGUGUUCCUCAGGGGUCGGUAUUGGGACUGCUACUUUUCACAUUGUUUGUCAGUGAUUUAGAUAAUAGAAUUGAUAGCUUUGUGGCAAAGUUUGCAGAUUUUACAACCAGAGGUGGAGGAGUAGGUAUUGCGAAGGAAGCAAUGUGAUUGCAGAAGGACUUGGACAAAUUGGAAGAAUUGGCAAAAAGUGGCAGAUGGAAUACAGUGUUGAGAAAUGUAUGAUAAUACAUUUCAGUAAAAGGAACAAAAGUGCAGACUGUUAUCUAAAUGGGGAGAAAAUUCAAACAUCAGAGGUGCAGAUGGACUUAGGUGUCCUCGUGCAAGACUCCCAGAAGGUUAAUUUACAGGUUGAGUCUGUGGUAAAGGCGGCAAAUACAAAGUUGGCAUUUAUUUCAAGGGGAAUAGAAUAUAAAAGCAAGAAGGUUUUGCUGAGGCUUUAUAAGACACUAGUCAGACCUCACUUGGAGUACUGUUAGCAGUUUUGGGCCCCAUAUCUCAGAAAGGAUGUGUUGUCUUUGGAGGGAGUCCCAAGGAGGUUCACGAGGAUGAUUCCAGGACUGAAGGGAUUGACAUAUGAGGAGCGUUUGGCAGCUUUGGGCCUGUACUCACUGGAACUUUGAAGAAUGCAUGGGGGUCUCAUUGAAACCUACCGAAUGUUGAAAGGAUGAGAUAGGGUGAAUGUGGAGAGGAUAUUUCCAAUGGUGGGGGUAUCCAGAACUGGAGGGCACAGCCUCAAAAAUGAGGGGCGACCCUUUAGAACAGAGUCGAGGAGGAAUUUUUUUAGCCAGAGAUUAGUGAAUCUGUGGAAUGCUCUUCCACUGACUGAAGUGGAGUCUAAGACUGUGGGUAUAUUUAAAGUGAAAAUCGAUAGUUUCCUGAAUGGUCAGGGCAUCAAAGGUUAUGGUGAGAAGGCAGGUGUAUGGGGUUGAGUGGUAUCCCAGGGUCAGCCAUGAUGAAAUGGCAGAGCAGACUCGAUAGGCUGAAUGGCCUAAUUCUGCUUCUAUCUUAUGGUCUUAUGGAUUUGGGCUCGGCAGUAAUGAGGGGGUGACAAUUAUUGCAGUUGCUGUUUCUAAGAUUCGUUACUAAACUGAGAUCCCACCUCCUUUUGCAUAUGUGGAAGAUACUAUAGGGCUGUUUUGAAAAGUUGGGAUUCCUUUCUGUCCAUUUUGGGAAAUUGCGAAUAUACAUUUUAUUCCUUCUAUUGUCUGUCUGCUUGAAUAUUUGUUAAAUGCACAGUGUAAAAUCUCUCUGAGCAGUGACCAGUCGGCGUUUGGGAUUGAUCUGCAAGAGGGCCAGGCGAAUCACAGUGGCCACCAUCGCAACGGCUGCAGUCAGAGUGGACAGGGUCAGAGUGGACAGGGUCAGAGUGGACGUGGUCAGAGUGGGCAGAGUCAGA